UCUGUCUGCAAUAACAACUAUAUGAAGCCAUUAUGGACAUAUGAAACUAGGAGAGCGAGGCAGUACACUCUAGUUCCUUUUUGGCCCGCCCCAUAGGUCUUCACAGAUCUGAGACUGACUGGAUCAUUUAGUCUAUAGUUUCACCUAGGGAUUGUUUGAGCCUUUCCCCUAUAUUUUCCUUAUCCAGUCUUGUAAACACCAAAGAGAAAAGGGCAAUGAAAAGGAAAUGUGUUGUAGCUCACCUAACUGUUUCUGGUUCAGCUCUUGGACUAUUUUCUGGGGUUUAUUCAGGUGAUUGAAACAUCCACAUGAUUGCAGAUAGAAAUAGAACGUAAAAGACUACGAACAUGCUGUUAUCAUGAGGAACAGUAGGGAGCAGUGUAUUCUCAACAUGUUUAUUUGCAGAGUUCUAGGCGUUUGAACACAUCCUUGUUAAAAUUGUAACAGUGGGUUGGAGGACUGCCGACACUUUAAACUUGAGCAGACGGAGUCAGGGAAGUAGGCUACAAAGUCACAGUUUGGCGGAUGACAUUGAAAGCAGAAAUAUAGAGAAUGUCUUCGUGGUACAAAUCUUGGAUACUGCUUACAGGUUUUAUACUGUUCUAUGUUGCUUAUCUGUUGUUUGGCGCGUUCGUUUUCUCCACCAUCGAACGGCCGGUGGAGGACAAACUUAAAAGAGACAUACAAGUCCUGAAAGAAGAGUUUCUCAACCAAAGUUGCGUCAAUGCAACAUCACUUGAAAACUUUUUGGAGAGAGUUUUACAAGCCAAUAAGUAUGGAAUUUCUAUCCUUCCGAAUUCUUCUGCGAGUUCUAAUUGGGACUUGGCUUCCUCUUUGUUCUUCGCCAACACUUUAGUAACGACAGUCGGAUAUGGGCACACUACACCCCUGUCGGACACAGGCAAAGCCUUCUCCAUCUUCUAUGCCCUGCUGGGAGUGCCCUUCACCAUGCUGGUGCUCACCGCCUGCGUCCAGAGGCUCAUGCACCUGGUGACCUACGGACCCAUCAGCAUGUGCCGCCAGAAGAUCGGCCUGGAACCUCUCGCCGCCACUGCCGUCCACUUCGCCAUCCUGCUGCUGGUGGUGGUGCUGGGCUUCUUUGUGGUACCCGCCGUGGUGUUCAGCUACAUCGAGGACACCUGGUCCUUCCUGGACGCCAUAUACUUCUGCUUCAUCACGCUGUGUACCAUCGGCCUGGGCGACUAUGUGCCCGGCGAGAAGCCCGGACAGAAUUUCAGGUCGCUGUACAAGAUCUCUGUGAUGGUGUACCUGUUUGUAGGGCUGAUGAUGAUGUACCUGGUCCUGCGUGCCUUCCACCGGAUGGCCGACCUGCAUGGCCUGACUUCUUUCUUCCAGCUCCCCCACUGUGAUGAGGAUAUAGAGGAGGACAAGGAGCCCAUCAUCGAGGCCGGCCACGAGGACCAGCAUGAGGCGGAGGACUCUGCCAAGCCCCUGGAUCCGGCCUCCCAGACCUCCUAUAACACCAUCAACCGAUAAGGACUCACUCCACUCUGGCCCGUUCUCCUUUACAUCAGUCAGGUCAAACAGUUAAAACAACAGUCACUGUUUUACAGCAACACAGGGAUUAGUUUAAAACCUGACACUAUAUAGGGACCAAAGACUAUCUUUACCACUGUGAGGCAACUCAUGGGUCAGGUCAGACCUUCCUGCUACGACAGCGCAACUAAACCAAAGAGAAACAAAAACUCUACAGCUGCACCAGUGCACCCAGUUGACACUUGGCGAGGGUUGUUCGUCAAGGAGGGAAAAGGUUGUUAUUCCAUAACCUACAGAGAACAAUUCCGGUUGGGACUGAUUCUGAUUAUUUAUCGCUUUUUUUUUUUGGUUUCAGACCAAAAAAUAUUUAAGUAUCAUAUACUGAUAUUUUCAUGUACCCUUUUGUGGUUUUUAGGUCAGGGUUGAUCAAAGAAGGUCAUACAGAAAUAUCUGAUAUUUCAAAACUAAACAAACUCGUUAUAGUGCCCAUCUUUUGAAGGAGUUUGUUGCCCCUCCCUAGUCACUAUGUGAAAAAGCCAUUGCUUGAGACUUUGUCUUGAGUCAUAUGAUGGAUAAUAUUCCUAGGACUAGCGUGGGCUUUUCCCGGCUUUGUUUUUGCCUGUGGUGUGACAUGGUCAUGUGUUAAAAAAAAAUUUUAAAGACAAGGAUAUCAUCUGAAGGAUAGCAAAUUUAGGGAACAAAAGGAUUGAAAAUAAAAACCAAGUAUAUGUGUUCUGAUGUGUAGUUGUCAUUUGUUCAUUGUUAGCUUUCACAAUGACACUUCCUAUGUGACAGAUUGUUCAGGAUUAGCAUGUAGGAAGUUUGUCAAUGUACGUAGUAGCAAAUGACAAUGUAAUAUCUGCCAAUAAUGUAAUGGCUGCUUAUGUAAUAACUUUUGCAUUUGUUAUAAAUGCUGAUAAUGUAAUAAAUUGCUAAAUGUUUGUGCAUAAUGUAA